UUGCUUCAGCCACAGCACCUUCCCAGUAGGCUAGGCGAGUCGAGUGAGUGAGCAGCAGGACUCUUCCUGGGCUGUGGGCGGCUCCAGCUUCGCAAGUACGUGAUGCAGACCCGGGGAGGAGUCGGGCGAGACAAAUCGCAGCAGUUCCGGGCUCUUCUCCUGGGUCACAGUCGUUUGGAGCUGGUUAACUGCGGGGCGUCCAGGAGCCCGGGGCAAUGCAGCCCCCACCCCGCAAAGUUAAGCUAACCCAGGAGGUGAAGGUACGCUUCAUAGAGCAACUGUCCAGCCUGCAGAAUAAACAUCAACGGGAGCUGGAACUCCUAGAAGACAUCAGGUCCUACAGCAAGCAGCGAUCCGCUAUUGAGAGGGAGUAUGGGCAGGCACUGCAGAGAUUGGCAAGUCCAUUCUUGAAGAGAGACUGGCAGCGGGGCCAGAGUGACAUCAAUGACUCCAGAAGUAUCUUUUUGGUCUGGAAGAGAGUCAUUGAGGGCACAAUAUGCUCGGGCCAGUCCAGGAUUGCUGCCUCAGACAAUUAUCGCAGUGCAAGCACAGAUGCAGCUAAAAUGGUUCGAGUAUCAAAAGAGCACUUGCUCAAAAAGGGCAUGGAACGACUACUGAAUACACAGACUGAGCUGCUGGAGACAGUGAAGGAAGUCAGCAAAACCAAGAAGCAAUAUGUGCAUCUACAGCGGGCAAAUGAAGUAGUCCGAGAGAAGGCUGCUGAUAUAGAUGCCAGGCUCAGGAAGAGUGACCAUGGCAUAUUUCAUACCAAGGCCAGCUUGCAGAAGCUCAGUGCCAAGUUCUUGACACAAUUGGCAGAGAAUUCACAGCAGCUUGUGGUGGCACGGAAUGAGUACCUUUUAACACUGGCAGCUGCCAAUGCCCAUCUGGAGCACUACUACCACGUGGAGCUGCCCACUGCCAUGAAGAUCCUAGAUGGUGACCUUUAUGAGCGACUCCAAGACCAGCUUACUCUGAUCAGCAAGACAGACUUGGAGACCUGCCAAGGCAUGCAGGAACUCUUCCAGGGUAUUCUAGAUGCAUCUGCACAGGUGUGCCGGGAGCAGAAUCUCAUCCUCUUCUUGCAAGCUAAUCCUGUCUUUUCAGCAAUGGUCAUGCAGCCCUUCCACCCAGCAGGAGCUGACCAGAUUUCUCUCCUGGAUGUUGGUGGCAGCAACAUUGGAGAGAGUGAACUGAAAAAGGAAGCACGCCGCUGGGCCACUAGAGCAGCCAGAGACUAUAAAAUACAAACUGUCAGUACACAGCUUCUGCAGAGAAUGGAAACCAGGAGACAGCAGAUCCCUGAAGCAGAGAUGGCCAGCAUGGAGAAAAGGAUGGAAGAAGUAAGAGAGAACAUCCGGAAGGCAGAGAUCAGCAAAGUGAAAUCUGAGGCACGAUUAGCACUGCUGCGUCAGGCUGGCCUUGAUGUAGACACCUGGCUAGCGAGUGCCAUGGGGCAGGUGCUAGACGAAAUGGAGCAAGAGCGGCGGCUGAGUGAAGCCCGCAGGUCUGAGAGAGGAUCGACUCCUAUGCAGGCAGAAGAAUUUGAUCUUGCCGAUUUUGAAGAUUAUGAUGACAGCACAGAAUUGUUUGAGGACACAAGGCCAAGCCCAAAUAUGGCUCGUGUCUAUCCUUCUUCCUGUAGAGUUUUCUUCCCAUACCAGGCCUGCCAGUCUGAUGAGCUGUCCAUUGUCCAGGGGGAGGAGCUGGAGGUCAUUGAAGAUGGUGACAUGGAGGAAUGGGUCAAGGCACGUAACAGAGCAGGACAGGUUGGGUAUGUCCCUGAGAAGUACCUCCUGUUUCUGGAUUCGAUAAGCAGGGAGUGCACAGCCCCAGAUGGGAACAGCCAAGAAGGGUCCUCCGAUAUGGCAUUGGAGAGGGAGCUGACGAACAUCAUGAGCAUGGACCUGAUGCUGGAGCCUGGAGCUCGGCUGGUACGAGCCCUCUAUGAUUAUGAAGGGCAGAGUGCAGAGGAACUCAGCUUCCCUGAGGGAGCCAUCAUCCGAGUGCUGACCCGGGAGGAGGGAGCCAUAGAUGAUGGCUUUUGGAAAGGAGACUUCAAUGGGAGGGUUGGAGUCUUCCCGUCAUUGGUAGUUCAGGAAAUAACCGGCACUCAGGAAAGAACAGAGCAGGAACUGCUCUCACCAUCUCCUCCAGCCUUCUCCCCUCCGAUUCUUGUUCAUAGUGCAGCAUCUCCUGAAGUUCUACUGGGAGGUGGCUGGCAAGGAAGUGGGCACGGUUCUACUGACCUGAAUGUGCCACGUUUUCGCCCAGUUCGGGUUCCCCCACCUCCACCAUCUACAGCCCCAAAAGCUGAUUCACUGUCUGGCCAUGAUUAACACUAUAUCUGCUGGGGACUAGGCUGCCAGAGAAGGCCCAGGUGCCCCUAAGCAAAGCAGUUUCUGCUUGGAGCUGUUGAGUGUAUCUAGCUGCUUUGGAGCCCUCAUUCCCAAGCACCAGCAAGUAAACAGUGUGACUGUGCUAGGAGGAAUUGCUGCUUCUCUGGUGACAACCCUCUCUCCCAUAGCCACAGUUGCCUCUACCACAACACAUGAGGAAGUGCCCAGAGAGACUGGCUGUUCCAGAAGGUUUCAACAAGGAAUGGUGUCAUGUUCCCAUCUCCGUACUGUGACUGAGAACUCAGAAAUGGCAGGACCCACCUUGAUAUUCCUUGAGUUACCACUAGAGGCUAUACAAGCACUUUCCCUCCUGUCUGUGGGUGGGAAUGGGAGCUGGACUCUCCCUUUGCUUUAAAUGCUGCUAGCUGGCAUCUGUUUGCACUUUGCCUAUCAGAACUAUUUUGCACCCCUUGCAAUAAGUACAAUGGCAGGAUGGUUCUUGGGCAGCCAUUAAUUCUUUACAGUCCCCUGAAGAGUGGGCUGGCUCCUUCUGCUGGUUCUUUGAGGAGGAACAGCUGGGUGGUUGCUGACCCAAUAAAGAGACCUCAUUGUG